AGAGAGCGGGGUCUUCUAGCGUUAGGGUUUGACCGUCGCACAGCAUCGAGGGUUUUCAUUUCCGAGGGAAAUUACCGGCACUCCGGCGAGAUCGCCGUAUUCCGGCGCAAGAUUCGCCGCUCGAUCUACGAUCUCGCGUCUCCGUAACCCUUACCUUUGGGUAAAGGUCGCCGGUUGCGUAAAAUUGGUUUCGGCAUUGCUGGGUUAGGGUCGUGAUCGGAGGUUAGAGGUGGUACUAGCAUUGAAGCUUCUGGGGGGCUUCCGAUCUCCCGAGAUCGAGGGGUCUGGAGACCCUAAAGAUCGCGCCUUUGACGGGGGUGCCUUGGGCAUGCAAUCCGGGAACGGCCGGAACCCGGCGGCCACGCCGUCAUCCGCCGCGUCGCCUUCUUCCUCCUCCUCCGCGGUCUCCGCCCCGAACCAUCUGGGCUUCGAAUCAAUCCAGCAGCAGCAGCAGGCUUAUAGGCAGGCAUUACAACAACAGGAGCAACAACAGAAUCAGCAGCAGCGCAGGAAAGCUGAAGUUGAUCAAUCCCUUCUUAGCUAUCAGUCUGGUGGUACAUAUGGAGUCACAGGCGGAACUGGUUUUCCAAUAUCUUCUGGUGCUGUACAUCCGUCUCAGUUGCCUAAUAAGUAUAGUAACAUACCUCAACAACCUGGUGCCCUUCAGCUUCGCGAGGAAAGCAAAAAUAAAGGGCAGGAUGUAGGACAGCAAAUGCAGAACUCAAUUCAUCAAGCUUACUUUCAAUUUGCUUUGCAAGCUGCUCAGCAAAAGGCUCAUGGGAACUCAGUAGUGCAGCAGCAAGGUAAAAUGAAUAUGGUCGGCUCAUCUGGAAGGGAUCAAGACAUUUUUAUGAACAGAUUAAAGAUGCAAGAACUUAUGUCACUUCAGGCAGUUAAUAAGUCCCAAAUGCCUAUGCUUAAUAGACCAGCAGAACAGUUCACACAUGCCGAGAAGCAGAUGGAGCCAGGUUGUACUAGCACUGAUCAAAGAAUUGAUCAAAAACCUUUCCUAGCAGAUGGGCAGCUAGCUUCUGCUAACAUGGUAAGACCGAUGCAGCCAUUGCAGUUGCUGCAAUCUCAGUCUAGUCUGCAGAAUCUUGCAAGCAAUCAGUUGGAGAUGGCACAGGUGCAAGCGAUGCAGGCAUGGGCAAAGGAACAUAAUAUUGAUCUAUCUGUUCCUGCUAAUUUAAAUUUGAUUGCUCAAGUUCUGCCCUUCUGGCAGUCGAAUAGAAUGUCUGUUAUGCAGAAGCCAACUGAAUCUAACACAACUGCACAGAAAUCUUGUUUGCCAUCUUCAAAGCAACUGGUAAUGCCAUCACCAGUUGGCAGUGAAAAUUCAGCACAUGGGAACUCUACAAGUGAUUUGUCUGGCCAGCGUGGCUCCAUAAAAUGUCAUCAAACAGUCCCAUCUACUUCAAUCUCCAAUGGCGGGGAUACCACAGGCUUGAACACCAAUACUUUGCAAAUGCAGCAGCAGGUUGCUGAUUAUAGCAGGAUCAACCAGAAUGAGAGAGUUGUCAGACCCACAAUUAUAACUAGCAGUUGUGGGUUAGUUAACCAUUUACCAAAUUCAUGUGGUAGCAUGAACCAGCCGGUAGAUAAGUCUAAUGCAAAGAAUGCUUUUAUGGGGAAUGAACUGCAGCAAAUGCAGAAUUUGAGGCCCUUGCAGAAGAUAAAUCGGUCCAAUAUAUUACCUACAGUUCCUGGAAAUAGUACUGUGGGUUGUCAAAUUCCAACUGAAAGUGGAUUUGCUCAGACACCAAACCAUCAUGUUGGAUUUACAAAGCAGCAGCUUUAUGUUCUAAAAGCUCAGAUCUUAGCUUUUAGACGGUUGAAGCGUGGUGAAAGAAGUCUGCCACCUGAAGUUCUUCAAGCAAUUUCAGAUCCCCCAGUUGAUUCUCAGCCACAACACUGGCCUGUUCAGUCUGGAACUGUUAACCAGGAUUUGAUGAGGAUUGCCAAGAGCAAUGAUAAUGAGCAUAAGAGAUGUGUGGAGUCUAAUGAUCAAGCAGAACAGUCUGCUCCUGUGAAUAAAGGACGGAUUCAUCUGAAGGAGGAAUCCAUUACUGGAGAAGAGAAAGCUGCACUUGCCAGUCAAAUGCAAGGUGCAACAAGUUUAGAAAAGGGAUCUGUAUGCUUGGGAUCUAUUGGCAAGUUAGAAGAAAGCAAUACUACUGUUAAAUCUGAGCAAGAGGUUGAAAGAGGAAGUCAAAAUUUGUCCACUGAUAAGGUAAAGGCCGUACCAGUGGAUGGUGCAGUACCGGUUCCUGGGCAAUUGAAAAAGCCUGCCUCAACAAGUAGCACAGCACCUCCCAGAGAUGGUGUUUCAAGAAAGUACCAUGGGCCACUUUUUGAUUUCCCAUCAUUUACAAGGAAACAUGAUUCCUUGGGAUCAUCAACUACAAAUAACUCUACUAAUUUGACAUUGGCUUAUGAUGUGAAAGAUUUGCUGUUCGAGGAAGGUAAGAUUGUUCUUGACAAGAAAAGGGCUGAGAAAUUGAAGAAGAUUAGUAGGUUACUUGCGAUUAAUUUAGAUAGGAAAAGAAUUAAGCCGGAUCUUGUGAUAAGGUUGCAAAUUGAAGAGAGAAAAACUAAGCUUCUGGAUUUUCAGGCUCGUCUCAGGGAUGAAGUUGAACGCCAACAGCAGGAGAUAAUGGCAAUGCCUGAUAGACCAUACCGCAAGUUUGUUAGGCAAUGUGAACAGCAGCGAUUGGAGCUAAUAAGGCAAGUUCAGCAGCUGCAAAAGGCAUCCAGAGAGAAACAAUUGAAAUCUACUUUUCAGUGGCGUAAGAAGCUCUUAGAGGCUCAUUGGGCCAUUCGUGAUGCUCGUACUACACGAAACAGAGGAAUAGCAAAAUAUCAUGAGAGGAUGUUAAAGGAGUUUUCAAAGAGGAAGGAUGAGGACAGAAAUAAAAGAAUGGAGGCAUUGAAGAACAAUGAUAUGGAUAGAUAUCGUGAAAUGUUACUGGAGCAGCAGACAAACAUCUCAGGAGAUGCAUCUCAGCGUUAUGCUGUUCUUUCUUCCUUUGUGUCCCAGACAGAAGAGUACCUUCACAAGCUUGGGGGAAAAAUUACAGCUUCAAAGAGCCAUCAAGAGGUUGAAGAGGCAGCAAAUGUUGCAGCCGCUGCUGCACGAGCUCAGGGUCUUUCAACAGAAGAAGUAAGAGCAGCAGCAGCAUGUGCAGGAGAGGAGGUAAUGAUAAGGAAUAGGUUUUCUGAAAUGAAUGCUCUAAAGGAGAGUUCUGCUAACAAGUAUUAUAAUUUGGCUCAUGCUGUGACCGAAAGAGUCAUAAGGCAACCUUCAAUGUUGCGAGCUGGGACAUUAAGAGACUAUCAGCUUGUUGGACUACAGUGGAUGCUUUCCUUGUACAACAACAAGUUGAACGGAAUAUUAGCGGAUGAGAUGGGUCUUGGCAAGACAGUCCAGGUAAUGGCAUUGAUUGCUUACCUGAUGGAAUUCAAAACUAACUAUGGUCCACAUUUAAUUAUAGUACCAAAUGCUGUUUUAGUAAAUUGGAAGAGUGAGCUGUUAAACUGGCUGCCUUCUAUAUCAUGCAUUUUUUAUGUUGGUGGGAAGGAUGAAAGAUCAAAGCUUUUCUCUCAGGAAGUUUGUUCUGUCAAGUUUAAUGUACUGGUAACAACAUAUGAAUUUAUUAUGUAUGAUCGAUCAAAGCUAUCAAAAAUUGAUUGGAAGUACAUAAUCAUUGAUGAAGCACAAAGGAUGAAGGAUAGGGAAUCCGUUUUGGCACGCGAUCUUGAUAGAUAUCGUUGCCAGAGAAGAUUGCUGCUUACUGGUACCCCUUUACAGAACGAUCUUAAGGAAUUGUGGUCCCUUUUAAAUCUACUUCUUCCAGAAGUUUUUGAUAAUCGCAGGGCAUUUCAUGAUUGGUUCUCAAAGCCCUUUCAGAAAGAUGGUACUCCACAUAAUCAGGAAGACGAGUGGCUUGAGACUGAGAAGAAGGUGAUAAUUAUCCAUCGGCUGCAUCGGAUUCUGGAACCUUUCAUGCUAAGAAGACGUGUUGAGGAUGUUGAAGGUUCACUUCCUCGAAAGGUCUCUGUUGUCCUAAGAUGUCGAAUGUCAGCUAUUCAAGGUGCCAUUUAUGACUGGAUUAAAUCUACUGGUACUAUUAGGGUAGAUCCCGAGGAUGAGAUGCGCCGAGUUCAAAAGAAUCCACUGUACCAGGUCAAAAUGUACAAGAAUCUUAACAAUAAGUGUAUGGAGUUGAGGAAAGCCUGCAAUCAUCCUUUGCUUAACUAUCCUUAUUUCAGUAACUAUUCCAAGGACUUUAUUGUUAGAUCAUGUGGGAAACUAUGGAUUCUUGAUAGAAUUCUCAUAAAACUUCAGAGAGCAGGUCAUCGUGUUCUUCUCUUUAGUACCAUGACUAAACUUCUUGAUAUAUUAGAGGAAUAUUUGCAAUGGCGGAGGCUUAUAUAUAGACGAAUAGAUGGUACAACAAGCCUAGAAGAUCGAGAAGCAGCAAUUGUGGAUUUUAACCAUCCUGACUCUGAUUGCUUUAUCUUUUUGCUCAGCAUUCGUGCUGCCGGAAGAGGUCUAAAUCUCCAGACUGCAGAUACAGUUGUGAUAUAUGACCCAGAUCCGAAUCCUCAAAAUGAAGAGCAGGCAGUGGCAAGAGCUCAUCGGAUUGGACAGAAGAGAGAGGUAAAGGUGAUAUACAUGGAAGCUGUUGUGGAUAAAACCUCUAGCUACCAAAAAGAAGAUGAAUUGAGGAAUGGAGUCGUAGGAGAUUCAGAGGAUGAUCUUGCUGGUAAAGAUCGCUAUAUAGGGUCAAUUGAGAGCCUUAUACGUAACAACAUCCAACAAUAUAAGAUAGAUAUGGCCGAUGAGGUCAUAAAUGCUGGUCGUUUUGAUCAAAGAACCACGCAUGAGGAAAGACGGAUGACUUUGGAGAUGCUACUUCAUGAUGAAGAGAGAUAUCAAGAGAAUGUGCACAAUGUUCCUUCUCUACAAGAAGUUAAUCGUUUGAUUGCUCGUAGCAAAGAGGAAGUUGGGUUGUUUGAUCAAAUGGAUGAAGAUUUUGAUUGGACUGCAGAUAUGGUAAAACACAAUGAAGUCCCAGUAUGGCUUCGAGCUAGUACUGGAGAGGUAGAUGCUGUUGCUGCUAGUUUAUCAAAGAAGCCUUCGAAAAACAUCUUAUCAGUCAAUAUUGGACUGGAACCAAGUGCAAAUUUUUCUGGGUCAUCUCCCAGUAAAGCUGAAAGGAGGGGCCGCCCCAAGGGUCCAACUGCCCAAAAGUAUCCAAUCUAUCAGGAACAGGAUGACGAAGAUGGUGAGGAAUCAGAUAUUGACUCAGAGGAGAGGAAUGCAUCUGAAGAAGAUGGAGAAAUUGGAGAGUUCGACGACGAAGAGUCCAAUGGUGCUGACAUGAUGCUACUAAACCACAAGGAUCAAGUAGUUGAGGGAAUGGAUUGUGAUAAUGGCAGAUAUGAAUUCUCACGAACAAUGGAUGGCAGCCAAAACGUUAAUAAAUUGGAAGAAGCUGGUUCCACAGGAUCAUCUUCUGGGAGUCGUAAAUUGCCACAAUCUGAAACUCCUUCCUUGUCUUCACAAAAGUUUGGAUCACUUUCUGCUUUAGAUGCCAGACCAUGUCUAUCUUCAAAAAAAAGGUCUGAGGAGCUAGAGGAAGGUGAAAUUGCAGUAUCAGGCAAUUCCCACAUGGAUCUGCAACAAUCAGGUAGCUGGCAUCAUGACCAUGAUGAUGGAGAGGAUGAACAGGUUUUGCAACCAAAAAUAAAGCGUAAACGGAGUAUGCGGAUUCGUCCAAAAUAUGCUGCAGAAAGAAAUGAUGAAAGAUCUAGCAGUGAGAGGAUUUUUGCCCAGCGCUCUCCAAGGCUGCCCUUGCAUGUUGACCAUGAUUAUGGUGUACCAUCAAGGACUGAAAAUCCUGAAGCAUUUGCUGAGGCUGGUCUGGGAAAGAAUGACACAAGUAGCUCACUAUUGAAGCAGAGGCAUAAUGUACCAUCAAGAAAAAUUUCACCUCUGCAAAAGUCUGGAAGGCUAAGUUACUUUUGUGGGUCUGCAGAAGAUGGAAAUGAAUAUUCUAGGGAAAGUUGGAGCAGUAGGGCCAAUAGCUCUUGCGGCCCAACCUCUGUGGGUGCAAAAAUGUCUGACAUUACACAACGAAAGUGCAAGAAUGUCAUUAGCAAGCUGCAGAGGAAAAUACACAAGGAUGGUAAUCAAAUCGUGCCAACAUUGUCUGAUUGGUGGAGAAGAAAUGGGAAUUCGAGUCUUGCUAUUCCUCUCGCUGCAAGGAGUAGCCCACUAGAUCUUCAGAUAAUUGAACAGCGGGUAGACAACUUGGAUUACAAUGGUGUAACUGACUUUAUAGCAGAUGUGCAGUUGAUGCUGAAAAGUAUAGUUCAGCAUUGCAACUAUACUCAUGAGGUGAAGUGUGAAGCAGAGAAGCUCCAAGGUCUGUUCUUCGAGAUCAUGAAGAUUGCUUUUCCAGAUUCAGAUUUUCGAGAAGCCAGGAAUGCAGUGACCUUCUCUAGUCCCAGAGGAGCUGUGAUGACAAAAUCCCCAAAACCAGCUUCCUCGAGCAAAAUUAAGCAACAAACUCCAACAAGUAAGUUGGAGACCAUGUCCUUUCCUGAUAAGGCCUUACCCCAUGGGGUUACUCCUGUGGAUGGCGAAGGGACAACCAAGUCAACUUCUUCCAAGCACCGGAAGGAGUCCAGGUUGGUUUCUGGAGGUUGGAAAGAGCAGACACCUGAAUGUUCACAAUUACUGACGCAUCCUGGUGAUCUGGUCAUCUGCAAGAAGAAGAGAAAAGAAAGAGAAAAAUCUGCUGUCAAGCACAGAUUAGGCCUCGCAUCGCCAUCCAACCUUGGUCGUAUGGGCCCCAUAUCUCCACCCAGCUCAGGAUGUGGGGGCUCUGCGCCAUCUCCCACCAUGAACAGAAGUUCCAGCUUUCCAUCGCAGCGAGAUUCACGUCCGGCUCAACAGGCAAAACAUCCAUUGAGCUGGCGGCAUCGCGAGAUGCAGCAGCUUGAUGAUGGGAACUCUGGGCUGCAUAGCAUAGGAGAUGUACAAUGGGCUAAGCCUGUAAAGAGAAUGAGGACAGACACCAGUAAAAGGCGGCCGAGCCAUACGUGAGUCUCUUCAUUUGUAUAUAAAUGUGUUACUAUAUUCUGCAGCUAAUUCAACGUGUUACAAAAUGAAUUUGCAUCCGCCCUCACCAAAUAUCCCAUCCCUCCGUUUGAGGGAGUGGUGUUGUGGAUUAUGAUAGCGGGAAUAAGUGGCACACUCACUAUUUAAGUAGCACACUCACUAAGGGAAUAAGUAAGCACAUUCAACAUGAAUCAACGCCUCUCUUUUGUGUU